AUUAUUACAUACAGCCGGCGUAAUAUUGAAACUUUGAUCACAGGGGGGUGGAAGGAGAGCAGUUAAACAAUCAUGAUCCACAAUAGUUCAUGUUACAUGACUUUGCCUACUGCAAGCUGUUUUCAUUGUUUGGAAAAGAAAAUCAGAGAAUACUGUCCAUGUGCUCAAUUUUUCACUUGAUUUUAAACUUAUUUAAGCAGAACUUUGCAAAGAGAAUGGAUGAUUUUCUGUAACAACAUAACUUCAUCAGAUGUUACGUAGGAAGGUUAAAAGAGAGCUCGGGAGUUCUGAUCACGAAGAGGCUGUUGAGGCUGUAGCCAAGAAGCAUGGCCGUCUCACCACCGAACGUUGUGAGGACGAUGAUGAUUUAGAAAAUCUUGUAUUUGGCUACCAACACCAUCUUGAUAACGAUAUACAGGAGAAACUGUAUAAUUUAAAUCAAGAAGGACAUAUUCUGGAAGAGAAAACACCUGCAUGGGUUGAUGAAGAUGAUUCUAAUGUCAGGGUUGACAUAUCUUCAGCAAACCGAUUAAAGAAAUUUAAAGAUGGAGAUGAUGAUACUAUUUCUGGUGAAACAUUAAAGAAGAAAUUAGAAACACAAUUUAAAAAAAUCUAUGGUGCUCCAGCAUGGCCAAGUCAAACAUUAACAAGCGCUAAACAGUCAGGAGAUCAGGAAGAUAGCCAGGACGAAAACGAGAUACUCCAGCAUGCAGGAUAUUUGAUUUCAAAGAGCACAGAGCAUCUUCCAAAAGGAAUAAUUGAGAUUGGGAAGGUUAAGGAUGCUAACUGCUCCAAACCUUUUGAUGCUGUUGUUAAAUGUGUGGAGUUUCAUCCAAGUUCAAAAAUUAUACUUGUUGCUGGAUUGAAUAAUAAAUUGAAUAUAUUUCAGGUGGAUGGAAAAGCCAAUGCUAAUCUCCAAACAAUACAUUUAAAUGGUUUUCCUAUUCAUACUGCCCAUUUUAUUGAAAGUGGCAAGCAAGUCAUUCUUGCUUCAAAAAGGAAACAUUUUUAUUGCUAUGAUAUGGUGAAUGGAAGGGUGACUAGAAUUCCAGAAAUAAGAGGGAAGGAGGAGAAACAUUUUUCAAAUUUCAUUGCAUCCCCAGAUGGAAAAUAUUUAGUGUUUCCUGGAAAGAAUGGUUAUAUUUACUUGUUGUCCAGCAAGACAAAGCAGUGGAUAGCGGACCUCAAGAUGAAUGGCUCUGUGACUACAAUUGCAUUUUUUGCAGAUGGAAAACAAAUGAUAACUGCUGGUGGUGAUGGUGAGGUGUACAUUUGGGAUAUGAAGUCUAGGAGAUGUCUUCAUAAAUUCAAAGAUGAAGGUUGCAUAAUAUCGACUGCCCUUGCUGUAUCACCAAAUGGUCAAUAUAUUGCUUGUGGGUCUGAUUCUGGAGUUGUGAAUAUAUAUGACAAACAAUGUUUUGACAAAGAGUUCCCAAAACCUAUAAAAACAGUGAUGAAUCUGACAACCCAGAUCAGUAAACUGAAGUUCAAUAGUACAAGUGAAAUCCUGGGAAUGUCGUCAAGAUCUAUUAAGAAUGCCUUCAGACUGCUUCAUGUACCAUCGCUAAGUGUGUUUUCCAACUGGCCAACGUCAAACACUCCAUUACGAUAUGUUGAGACAUUUGACUUUUCACCAAGAAGCGGUUAUAUUGCAAUUGGAAAUGAUCGUGGUCGAGCGUUGCUUUUCAGACUAAAUCAUUAUAUGGACGCCUAGUUCAGAGCAAGGGAUCAGAUGAAAUUGAGGCCAGAUUUUUGAGACAAAUAUUCCCCAGGAGCCACCCAAAAAAGAGGAUAAAGUAAAAUCGGGAUUUGGUGAUGGCCAACAAAUAAAAGCGUCUUAUGGCACAUGCGGAUACGACAAUGAGGAGUGCCAUCGUCUGUAUGAAACAAGCUGAGAAGUUAUCAGCUUCAACAAACUGUAGUCUAAAGGCUCUUUAAAACGCUCUGGAACGCUCUUGAAAAUCGCUAAUUUUAAGCGUUCGUUCUGAGAAAGGGAUUGUUUUUUUAAUACACUAAACAGAAAUGUCUAAUAGAAAGUGCUGCUAUUGGAUGGGAGUUGGGCUAUGUUGGAAUUGCAUUUCAGCUUCAUUAAAUUGAUCAUGUACCUC